AUGGAGCCUGACGAGAGCAACGCCAUUCGCUGGGCAGGCCAGCAGCUCGGGAAUAGUGGACCUGAGGCCUGUGCGCAAGCCCACUUGCUUUCCACUAAACGGGUGCAACUCCUGGCAGUCCAGGAUGCCGUUCUUCGCUUCUUGGCGAGCCUUCCGCAUCAGGAAUGGACUGUCAUUGGGUGUCAAUAUCUGCUUGAGACUGGUGGGCGAUGGAACGCCGUCGCUGUCGCCUCACUGCUGGACAAAGUGAUGGCCCAAGCGCUGGACAAAACGCUAAUGCUCGCUGAGAUCUGCUGGAUCCGCAGUGUUUCGCCCUCUGCUCGAGCUCUAGCUAGUAACACUCCUGUUACCGUCUCGUCAGUGCUGAACGACAAUAUGUUGUUCGCGGCCGAAGACUAUUUCCUUUACGACGAAACUCGCCGAUGUGUUUUCUGCUGGGUCGACGAGUGGGAAGCUGAUCAGAGUAAAGAGAUCUGGCGAUUUGUGCCCGCCAGCCCGGACUUUUACAUCCUCAACGUGUACUCGCAGGAGUAUUUGCUCGCAUCGGAUGUUGCUGCAUCGGAGAGUGCUGAAGGUUACGGAGAGAAAAGGGCGUUCACCUGGCUGGGCGACUCGUAUUUGAUCUCACCCCCAACUACGGGUUCUGCAUUUCGUCGUUUGGUGCUUACGAGCAGCUAUCGUCCUCUAGAUCAAUCGUGGAAUGAGUGCCACAAGUGGAAGAUUAAGCGCGCGGCCCCAUCGCUGCUGGAGCGAGGCCUGGACGCAUUUUUCGCGAAGGACUACGCCGCCGCAGUGGACUUGCUUGCUCCUCUUUUGGAGACUAAGACACCUUCUGCAGCUGGAAGCAUCAAGAUCUAUUGGUACCGCAUGGUGGCCAACUUGAAAUUGCAAAAUAAGGAGCUGUUUCGUGAAGAUGCCGACAGGCUUGGAAAGGUGGGAGGGUGCCCCAAGUACUUUCGGGAGGUCUUCAAAGAUGUUCUAGGCGACGACUUGUACCGUUGUCGAGAGCACUGA